UUAUAAGAACACAACUUCCUAUAGUUUAAUAGACUCAGAGCUGAAAUAUAAACUAACUUCGAUCAGAAUAAACUGAUUGAAAGUUAGUCUGUAGAAUUUUGGAGCGUAUAACACAACAAAAGCCAAAACUAAACAAGAGCGUGUAAAAUUCACUCCCUUUUCAAAGUUCGCACACAGUUCCACAUAUAAUAAACCUCGCUUACAAUUACUCAUCAUAGCUACCGUAAGGAAGUGCGAAAAUGGACCACAGAGGAGUCCAUCGAAAAUCAGGAAACAUUAUUUCAGCGUUCGUAAAAGUUGUAAUUGACAGUGGAAGCAUUGAGUGUAGUUAACUGCAUUCAUAAUAUUUUGAAGGUUGCGUUACCAUGAGUUCAGCUGGUGAUGUUGGUGAGAAUGAACUUCUGAAGGUUUGAGUAUGAAAUUAACAUUUUGCAUAUAUUAAAUUAGCAAGAAUCUGAAAAGCUACGCGCUAAAUAUCCUGGAUUGGUCAAUAACGCAUCGUCACUCCUACACCGACGUUUAAGUAAAAAUGUGAAAUAUUUCGAUUCUGGUGACUAUAAUAUGGCGAAAUCAAAGCCUGUAGAGAAAACAUCACUUCCGUUAGCUAAUUUAGACUCUCCAACAGGUGAUACUAUUCCAACUGUGGAUAAUAUAAGUAUUUUACGAAAUAAAAGUUUUUCAUUACACGGUAGCAAUACUAUUGCAUUGUCAUCACAUCCUUCAUCAAUCACAGGCACAGUGACAACGAAUUCUUCAACUACAGCUCCAACAACGACAUCAACUGCUGCGGCUGUAACAACAAAACCAACAACAACAUGUCGUUACGUAACCGUGCCAGCGCGUACACAGGUUGCUAAAUAGACUUUUUGUAAAAUGCCUAUAUCAGUUGUGUCAAUAUUUUCAAGGUUGUUUAUUUUAUAUAUUUUAUGAUUCGAUUUGUUAUUCAUCAACUUCCAACUAAUGUUACGGCUUUCAGACCAACUAGAAUAUGAAUA